AUGCCGAAUCUAGAAGAGCUUUAUCUUGAAGGUUCUUUCCCACCCAGGCCAAUACGACCUGUCUCGAUCGCAAACCAUCGCAACUUAAAGUCGUUCACAUAUGCUUCGGCAUUCCUAAACUCGUUCCCGGACUUACCAAGGACCUUGGAACAUUUACGCUUCGAGUCUUCCAUUAUUAUCGCGACGCCACAAGGAAACCCACUUAGCCGCUUUACCAGGUUAAGGAGUGCUACGUUUGCCGAAUUUAUGUUCCUGAGAGCAGAAAUGCUCGAAGGUCUCCUAUCCAACACCAAGGGAAUCCUAACUCGAUUCACCGUUCGAUGGUGUUCAGAGAUUGAACAAAAUCACCUAGAACCAUUAAUGAGAAAGGGUUUGUUCAAGUCCAUCACUCAUUUGGACAUUGCGGGAACUGUGGGGGUGACAGAUGCCAUCACACCCACCAUCAUCAAGACUAUGCCUAAUCUAAAGGUCCUUGAUAUUUCGCGAACUAAGGUUACAGGACUUACAAUCAAGCAAUUUGCGGACGCUCAGAUACCCAAACUGGAAAAGAUUAUCGUCCAUCCCGUUAGUAUCGAUGCGGUUGAAUAUGCCAUUCGUCUUGGAAUCCAAAUUGUAAGGUCCUAUACUCCGCCGGCGGCCGAGACCCGUAAUCAAUAUUAG